CACUGUGGAAAACUUCAGUUACAAUUCUUCCUUCGAAAGGAAACCACAUAACAUUUCUCUCUGAUUAUUUGUCACCUUUAGUUGACAAGUGGAAUCCACCUGUUGGGUGUGAGUUUAACAUUGAGUGUAUGACCCUUCAAACCAGGGACACCCUGGACCGGUGAAAAGUGAGUUGACCCCUAGUGCUCGCUGGGUCUUUAUUACCUGGACGUUUAUCCCGGUCUCAGGAUGGACGUUUUACCAAGCGGUGGUAUUUUUCGGGAGCUCCAGGUGGUUCAUGAUACUGGAUACUUUUCCGGUCAAGCCAGCCUAGAGGAGGAUUGGCAUCAGACGAGUUAUGAGAUGGAGAGGUACCUAAAGGAGCAGGAGCCCCAGAUAAAACCUGAGCCCCUUGAUCUAGGAGAUCAUCAGGAGCUGACCAGCUCCUGGCUCAAGGGAGAGCUGGAGGACGACUACGGACCUAUCAUCAAGCACGAACUUAUCAUCAAGUCCGAACCGUCCGACCCGGACGAUACAGACGACGAUCGGCUCAGCCUGGACGAGUUAAACAUUUGGGACCAAAGAUUAUUUAAGUUUAAAAGUGAAGAAUCGUCCGCCGGAGUUUUAUCGUCUAGUUCUUCAACAUCUAGUAUCCACUCCUUGGAUGGGGAUACUCCACCCUACUCCCCCACCUUGAAGCUAGAACAUAAUAACCCAAUAUCGCCGAUGGAUACACGACAACAGCUGACCGUCAAGGUGGCCGGCAGCCCAUUUCCUCUUCAAACCUUAACACCUCCGUCAUCGCCGGAAUCUGGAACCGCCGUUAGAACCCUUCCCGCCGGUCUGGUCCGAGUGGCAGGUCCUAAUGGUACUAGAAGCGCUAUUAUACGGGUAACCGCCAAGGGCGGUAAAAUGAUUCCCCGCCUCAUUUCCUUCACGCCCGCCACCGUGUCUCUAAAAACGGUUUUGUCUGACCGACAGUUUAGGUUGGAGCAGGCUUUAGAGGAGAAGAGACGGAUACAUAAAUGUAGUUUUCCAAACUGUAAGAAGGUUUAUACAAAGAGCUCUCAUCUCAAGGCACAUCAAAGAACACACACAGGGGAGAAACCGUACCGGUGUUCCUGGGACGGAUGUGAGUGGAGGUUUGCGCGGAGUGACGAGCUCACCCGACACUAUAGGAAGCAUACAGGAGCUAAACCCUUCAAAUGUUCUCACUGUGAUAGAAGUUUCAGCAGAUCCGAUCAUCUUGCGCUUCAUCUCAAACGUCAUCAGUGAUUUGAUCGCUAUGAUCGUAUUUUUGAUCGCUUGAUCCAGUGAUUGAUCAAAACUGGAGCUCUAUCUGUUCAGGCUUGAACCCUGAGCUAAAACGAACCUGAGCUCCAGUCUCGGCUGUGAUUAUAUCCUCUCCAGUUAAUUAUUAAUUAAUUAAUUAAUCGUGCAAAGAAUGCUACCUGCUCUGUUCCUCGCAACAUAGAACCAUCCAAAACUAACUUCUAGUUUCUCAAUCUUGUGGUCAAACCAUUCUCUAGUCAGUCUCAUCCAACCCUACUCUCGGAGCUAAACCUUGAUCUCAGGACGGAUCCGGCCCCUGCUCCGUGAAGAGGGGUUUAUCUGCCCUGUCUAUACCGGAUACUGGAGCAAGAUUAUACCCGGAUACUCUCGCAGUAUGAUUUCUAUCAUCCUGAUGCUCUCUUACAAAAGAGGAGAGAUUUAUUCAACUACAAUAUGCAUUUUCUUAUCUUUUGUCCUCGCAAGGAUUUGUUCAUUUUAACCUUCUGGUCGAACAAUUGUCUAACAACAACAUUAACCCUUUAAUAUCUUAUUUUUUUUCUUAUUAUUUCAUUUUUAAUUAUCCUGGAUUUCAAUUUUCCUUCCGUCUUCCCAGGUUUGAUCUCAACAAAAAAAAUAUUCUUCUGUUUUUUAAAGUCCUAGUCUUGUUUAUUUUUUACAUUUUUUCAUUUUUUUGUGGCAACUCUUUCUCUCAAUAUUCUUUUUUAUUCUCUUCUUUCCUAAAGUUAGUAAACUAUUUUAACUCUAAAUUGUUAAACCUCAAAACCCUCUGUACUUUUGAGUUCUUAAUCUUUGCUCUUGUACUCUUAGUUAUUAAACCUCUGUUCUCCUACUAUCUUGAGAUGUUAAACCUCUAGUAUCCUACUACCCUAGUUAUCAAACCUCUGUUAUCCUACUUUCCUGAGUUAUUAAACCUAUGGUUCCUUGACCCUGAGUUAUUAAUCCUCUGUUUUCCUACUUUCCUGAGUUAUUAAACCUAUGGUUCCUUGACCCUGAGUUAUUAAUCCUCUGUUUUCCUACUUUCCUGAGUUAUUAAACCUCUGGUCUCCUUGUAUCCUGAGUUAUAAACCUCUGGUCUCCUUGUAUCCUGAGUUCUUAAACCUCUGUUCUCCUACUUUCCUGUGUUAUUAAACCUCUGGUGACCUUGUUCCCUGAGUUAUUAAACCUCUGGUCUCCUUGUACUCUGAGUUAUUUAACCUCUGGUCUCAUUGUACCCUGAGUUAUUAAACCUCUGGUCUCCUUGUACCCUGAGUUAUUAAACCUCUGGUCUCCUUGUAUCCUGUGUUAUUAAACUUCUAUUCUCUUGGUACUCUAAGAUACUGGAAGAAUACUAAACGAAGUUUAGCUGCAGUAUUUCUAAUCUCUCAUAAGCUCCCCCCUCUUCCCCCCCCUUUCCCCCCUCAUCCCUAGUCUCAUUCAAUACUUGGCUUUUAAUUCCUUUUCUUUUAUGCAAGUACUCUUCUUUCCUUCCAUACAGGGAGAAGAAAGACGACCUGAUACCCGCAUAUUUAUCAAGGUUCAACAUAUUUUGUUGAUCCCUGUAACACCCUCUCCCUUUUUUAUUCUAUAUCAACCAAAGAAGAAAUAUUCAAAACUACCAGGCUCAACAUUUUUAUCCCGCUCUCCACACACCAAUUUCUUCAUAUUAUCCCCACCCAGCAAACCCAGCCCAAUAUUAAAGCUUCAAUUCAUUCCUUGAAUUUUAAUAGAAAAUAGGAAACAGUCCAAACCUUAUGUCGGUCACCAAAGUUAAGAUUAUAAAUCCAAUCUUCUUCCCGCUUUUUUUCAAUUUGCUUUCUUUUUGUUUUUCCUUCCUUCCUUUCUUCCUUAGAAAUUAGACUAAAACUCUCCACCAAUUUUUCAUAUUUUUCAGCUUAAUGCGCGAACUAGGCUGUGAAGAAUGUUUAGCAAAAUGUCGGCCAUUUUCUACAAUAGUCGGUUAUUUCAAAAAAAUAAGCGAGUCAAAAAAUAGAAGAAUAGUUAGCAAUCCAGGAAAAGUAACCUCUUGUAAAUUGGAAAAUGCAACCGUUCAAGUCCGGAGAAAUAGUAAACAAACAAACAAAUAAAAUCAAUAGUUUAAAAUUCCUUCCUUUCAUGUACACUGCCAACAUCCUUCUGUACAGUGCACGUGUAGUGCUAUGUACUCCAUGUACCCUAAACUAUGUACUAUGCUUGAUAUUUUCAAUGUUCUGUAAAUGUGCUUUUAACACCAAUAGAAUUGACGUGUUUCAGUCCUUCCGACCGACAA